AUGAGCUCCAGUCCCGGCGCGAUCUUCGUCACAUGUUUGGUUGGCAUUGCUAUUGUUGGGGUAAUGCUUUUGAUUCUAAGUUGCGCACUGAGAAGCUGGUGUAACAGACAACGCCGGAGCAAUAUCGAUGAAGAUGCUUGGCGGUUCCUGGAGAACUCCAAAGACUUCUCCGAUCCUACACACAAAGAGGAAGAUGCUCACUCGGCCAAAACAUUGUACUUUGGAACCGACUCUCAGUCCAGUCUGGCCCAUUUACAGCCCACGCUCGCAAAGAACUACGUUGCCUCGCAUCCGUUCACAUCCCACAUACAACAAAAAACUCAGCAGGCAACGGCCCAAUAUCACUAUACAGGCUUUCCAGCACAGUCGGCUUCGGCUGUAAAUGGCUUUAUCGACGAACAGACUAUGAGUGGUUAUAUAGACGAAAAGGUCGUGUGCUGGGUUGCUCCUCCUGCUCCUGUCUCAUCUCAAUGUAACGGGAUUUUGAUGACACCAUGUGGGCCUCCUCAGGAGAGAAUGGAAAGCUACCAGGGAGGGUGCACUAUACCCGAAUUAGUUUUUCGGAAAACUUCACUUGGGGGAAAUUUUUGCAAUCGGGCAACCAUGUACGCGUCUCCGACCCAAGCGCCCGUUCCGAUGCUCACAUGCCCGGCCUCGGUCAUCAUCCACACCAGUACCACAAACUCCAACCAACACAACAGACUUCAUUCAUUGACACGUGAGGCCAGCCUCGCGUGCUCUGUGCAAUCCACGACUGUUGAAGAGCUUCGGGAGCGAGUUACGGAGCAGCAAACCGAUCUACAUUCUUUAGAUCGGUGUCGCUAA